ACUGAUAUUCUCGCUGGCAGUUCCUCACACUCCGAAGAGGCUCCUUUCCACCCCUCUUCUCACCUUCCCGACCCCUGCCUGGUGCCCAGCCUCCCCCAGUGAUGCUGCCCCUGCCCCCCGGGAGAGGAGAGCCCUGGGCGUAAUGCUCUGAAAUCCACCAGGCUGCUUGCGUUCAGGCUUGCCGGGAGAGUCCUGUUCCCGACUUCUCAGGCUUUUCACAGCACAAACAACUGCAUGUGGGCCCGAGGGGAGGCUGAGAAGGACUUGUGUGUGUUGGUUUUACCGUCUUUCAUCACUUUGUUGGCUUCAUCCCGUGUCUGGAGCUCCGCGGUGGAUUUCUUUCUGCCUACGACACUGAGGAAGGAUCCCUUCUCCUUCUGCUGACUCUUUCUAUUUUUAUGGUUUAAGUUUAUCUAUUCAUGGGGCUGAAAAGCGUUUGCAAAUCCACCAACGGCGAAGUGUGGCGAGCCACCCAGGGUCACGUCGCCUGCCCGUGGUCAGGCAUUCCUCACUCCCACCAGGCAGAAGGUCAAUAAAAAUGGAGGCAAGGUCUUCUGGAAUCACUAAUGGGGAAACCAAAGUCUUCCACCCAGAAGGAGGUGUGGAUUUGCAAAGCUACCAGCUGGAUAUGCAAAUACUACCUGACGGGCCAAAGAGUGAUGUGGACUUUUCAGAGAUUCUUAAUGCAAUACAAGAAAUGGCCAAGGAUGUCAAUAUUCUUUUUGAUGAAUUGGAAGCUGUCAACAGUCCUUGCAAAGAUGAUGAUUCUCUCCUUCACCCUGGAAACCUGACCAGUACUUCAGAUGAUGCUAGCAGAUUGGAAGCAGGGGGAGAGACAAUACCAGAAAAAAACAAAUCAAAUGGACUUUACUUCAGAGAUGGAAAGUGUCGGAUUGACUACAUUCUUGUGUACAGAAAAUCCAACCCCCAUAUGGAAAAGAGAGAAAUAUUUGAAAGAAAUAUUAGAGCAGAAGGAUUACAAAUGGAGAAAGAGUCCUCUCUAAUAAAUAGUGACAUUAUCUUUGUGAAGUUGCAUGCCCCAUGGGAAGUGCUCGGAAGAUAUGCAGAACAAAUGAAUGUAAGAAUGCCUUUCAGGAGAAAAAUCUAUUACCUGCCCCGCCGGUACAAGUUCAUGAGCAGGAUCGAUAAACAAAUAAGCAGUUUUCGGAGAUGGUUACCUAAGAAGCCAAUGAGGCUGGACAAGGAGACACUGCCAGACCUGGAGGAGAAUGACUGCUACACUGCCCCUUUCAGCCAGCAAAGGAUCCACCACUUCAUCAUACACAACAAAGAUACUUUCUUCAACAACGCCACGAGAAGUAGAAUUGUACAUCAUAUUUUACAAAGAAUAAAGUAUGAAGAAGGUAAAAACAAAAUUGGUCUGAAUCGUUUGCUUACUAAUGGCUCCUAUGAAGCUGCAUUUCCUCUGCACGAGGGAAGUUACAGAAGUAAAAACUCCAUUAGAACCCACGGAGCAGUAAACCACCGCCAUCUGCUCUAUGAGUGCUGGGCCUCCUGGGGCGUGUGGUAUAAAUACCAGCCUUUGGAUCUUGUAAGGCGGUACUUCGGAGAGAAGAUUGGGCUGUAUUUUGCCUGGUUGGGCUGGUACACCGGCAUGCUCUUCCCAGCCGCUUUCAUUGGAUUAUUUGUCUUUUUGUAUGGAAUCAUAACUCUGGAUCACUGCCAAGUCAGUAAAGAAGUCUGCCAAGCUACAGAUAUCAUCAUGUGUCCUGUGUGCGAUAAAUACUGUCCAUUCAUGAGGCUGUCAGACAGCUGCGUUUAUGCCAAGGUAACCCACCUUUUUGACAAUGGAGCCACUGUCUUCUUUGCUGUUUUCAUGGCAGUCUGGGCGACAGUUUUCCUGGAGUUUUGGAAAAGACGGAGAGCAGUAAUUGCUUAUGACUGGGAUUUGAUAGACUGGGAAGAAGAGGAGGAAGAAAUACGGCCCCAGUUUGAAGCCAAGUAUUCCAAGAAAGAGCGGAUGAAUCCCAUUUCGGGAAAACCAGAACCAUAUCAAGCAUUUGCAGAUAAAUGCAGCCGACUUAUUGUUUCUGCAUCUGGAAUAUUCUUUAUGAUCUGCGUGGUGAUCGCCGCCGUGUUUGGGAUCGUCAUUUACAGGGUGGUGACCGUCAGCACUUUCGCUGCCUUUAAGUGGGCGUUAAUCAGGAAUAAUUCUCAGGUUGCAACCACAGGGACUGCCGUGUGCAUCAAUUUCUGCAUCAUCAUGCUGCUGAACGUGCUCUAUGAAAAAGUUGCACUGCUUCUGACAAACUUAGAACAGCCUCGCACUGAGUCCGAGUGGGAGAACAGCUUCACGUUGAAAAUGUUUCUUUUUCAGUUUGUCAAUCUGAACAGCUCCACGUUUUACAUCGCAUUCUUCCUCGGAAGAUUCACAGGACACCCAGGUGCCUACUUGAGGCUGAUAAACAGGUGGAGACUAGAAGAGUGCCACCCUAGUGGAUGCCUUAUUGAUCUCUGUAUGCAAAUGGGUAUUAUAAUGGUGCUAAAGCAGACCUGGAAUAAUUUCAUGGAACUUGGCUACCCGUUAAUUCAGAAUUGGUGGACUAGAAGGAAAGUACGACAAGAACAUGGACCUGAAAGGAAAAUAAGUUUCCCACAGUGGGAAAAGGACUACAACCUUCAGCCGAUGAAUGCCUACGGACUUUUCGAUGAAUACUUAGAAAUGAUUCUCCAGUUUGGAUUUACAACUAUCUUUGUGGCAGCUUUUCCCCUAGCACCACUUCUGGCCUUACUGAAUAAUAUAAUUGAAAUUCGACUUGACGCUUAUAAAUUUGUCACACAGUGGAGGCGACCUUUAGCUUCAAGGGCCAAAGACAUAGGAAUUUGGUAUGGAAUUCUUGAAGGCAUUGGAAUUCUCUCUGUUAUUACAAACGCAUUUGUCAUAGCGAUCACAUCUGACUUUAUCCCUCGCUUGGUGUACGCUUAUAAGUAUGGACCUUGUGCAGGCCAAGGGGAAGCUGGGCAAAAGUGCAUGGUUGGCUAUGUGAACGCCAGCUUGUCUGUAUUCCGAAUUUCUGACUUUGAGAACCGAUCUGAGCCUGAGUCUGAUGGCAGUGAGUUCUCGGGGACUCCUCUCAAGUACUGUAGAUACCGAGACUACCGUGACCCUCCUCAUUCACUGGUGCCCUACGGCUACACACUGCAGUUCUGGCAUGUCUUAGCAGCCAGACUGGCUUUUAUCAUUGUGUUCGAGCACCUCGUGUUUUGUAUAAAACACCUCAUUUCAUAUCUGAUCCCGGACCUCCCAAAAGAUCUAAGGGAUCGAAUGAGAAGAGAAAAGUACUUGAUUCAGGAGAUGAUGUAUGAAGCAGAACUGGAGCGUCUUCAGAAGGAACGAAAAGAGAGGAAGAAAAAUGGAAAAGCACACCACAAUGAGUGGCCGUGACCAGGUAACAGUUCAUUUGCAGGCCAAGGACCUGAAUUCUGUUUACUUCUCCCAGCUGUGCAAAAGCACAUUCCAGUGAAUGACUAAAAUGCAACCGCAGUGCAUGUCGCCGAGGUCGGCAGUGGCGGGGGGUCAGCACACUUAAAGGACUGCCUGGGAAACCAUGCUGCUGUGAAAUCACAUUGCGGCUCAGCACACAAAUGCUAUCUAUCCAUAGACCAUUCCUGACCAAGCAAGCAUGCACAUCAUGGGCAGUUACAUUCUCAAGUUUUUAAAACCAAGGGGAACUUGUAUACUGGGCCUGUUUUUCAGCCUGUUUGCUACCUUUUUUGCAUUCUAUCCCAUGUGAAUUUUACAGACACUGGGCUGAAAAGGGUAUUUGGACACCUGGACACACAUUCCUAGAAUGUCAUAUGGUCCUAAUUCCGUGUCACCAAACAACACAAACAAGACCCUGUUUACAACUUUUUUUUUUUUUUUAACUUCAGAUCUUUCUGAGGAGAUUAUAUAUGACAUAUCUAUAGCUAUGUGUAUGGCCAUAGAUGUAUUUCUGUGUGUACAUAUGUAUAGUCAUGUAUUCUUACAUAUGUACAUACAAAUACAGAGAUAUAUAAAAGUACAUAGAACUUCCUUACUUGUAAAUAGCCAAAAGGUACUGACAUGAAUGAUGAAUUUUCACAUUUAAAUAGUCAUCAACAUGAAGCCAUGUUUAAUGCUUGUAUAAUGUGAUGCAAUAAAAUUUAAAAUAAAUUUAUGCACAUGGAAUAUUUUUAGC